AUGUCCGCCGGCUCGUCCGCAGUCGAAGCUAUGGCGAGAAAGUCCGAAGGAGCGCUGAGCGCUGCAAAAGACACUUUGGCGGACGCACCCGCCGUCAUGAAGUCCGCUGCCGAGAACCCGAAGCAAGCCACAAAUGACUUCCUACACACACCCUUCAUGCGAGGCGCACUGCCCUUCAUCAACGGCGGCCUAGCAGGCAUGACUGCCACGACCGUCAUACAGCCCAUCGACAUGAUAAAGGUGCGGCUGCAGCUAGCCGGCGAGGGCGUCAAGACUGGUCCGAAGCCGACGCCAAUCACCGUAACGCGGGAGAUAUUGGCGUCGGGAAAAGCGUUGGAUCUGUAUACCGGGCUUUCGGCGGGCUUGCUCCGCCAGGCCGUCUACACGACUGCGCGCUUGGGCUUCUUUGACACGUUCAUGAACAGUCUGGCGGCAAGGUCGAAGGAGAAAGGAACCACUGUCGGCUUCAAAGAGCGGGCCGGCGCGGGACUAGCGGCAGGCGGCUUGGCGGCCAUGGUGGGAAACCCGGCGGAUCUCGCACUCAUCCGCAUGCAGAGCGACGGCCUCAAGCCGAAGGAGGCGCGUGCGAACUACAGGUCCGUCAUUGAUGCGCUGAUGCGCAUUUCCAAGACCGAAGGCGUUGCGGCGCUUUGGUCGGGCGCCUAUCCGACGAUUGUGCGAGCCAUGGCAUUGAACUUCGGACAGCUUGCGUUCUUCAGCGAAGCGAAGAACCAACUGAAGGGUUCGUCCAUGUCGUCGAGGAGCCAGACAUUGACUGCGUCUGCCAUCGCGGGCUUCUUCGCGAGUUUCUUCAGCUUGCCAUUCGAUUUCGUCAAGACGAGACUGCAGAAGCAGACAAGAGCGCCCGAUGGAUCUCUGCCGUACAAGGGAAUGUUUGACUGUUUUAGGAAGGUCGCGAAAGACGAGGGUCUUUUGAGGUUCUAUCGUGGGUUCUCUACCUACUACGUUAGAAUUGCUCCGCAUGCGAUGGUGACGCUCAUCGUUGCCGAUUACCUUGGCUUCCUGACCAAGUGA